GCCUGCGCGGCGGGUGCGGAAACGCCCCGGGCAGCGAACUGGCGCGGGUAAGCAACCAUGCCGCUGGAACUGGAGCUGUGUCCCGGGCGCUGGGUGGGUGGGAAGCACCCGUGCUUCAUCAUCGCGGAGAUCGGCCAGAACCACCAAGGAGACUUAGAUGUGGCCAAGCGCAUGAUCCGCACUGCCAAGGAGUGUGGGGCCGACUGCGCUAAGUUUCAGAAGAGCGAGUUGGAGUUCAAGUUUAACCGGAAGGCCCUGGAGAGACCGUAUACUUCGAAGCAUUCAUGGGGGAAGACGUACGGGGAGCACAAACGGCAUCUCGAGUUCAGCCACGCCCAGUACAAGGAGCUGCAGAGCUAUGCGCAGGAGAUCGGCAUCUUCUUCACUGCCUCUGGCAUGGACGAGAUGGCAGUUGAGUUUCUGCAUGAACUGAAUGUUCCCUUUUUCAAAGUUGGAUCUGGGGAUACUAACAAUUUUCCUUAUCUGGAAAAGACGGCCAAGAAAGGUCGUCCUAUGGUGAUCUCCAGUGGGAUGCAGUCAAUGGAGACCAUGAAGCAAGUCUAUCAGAUCGUGAAGCCCCUGAACCCUAACUUCUGCUUCCUGCAGUGCACCAGUGCCUACCCACUGCAGCCGGAGGAUGCCAACCUGCGCGUCAUCUCGGAAUACCAGAAGCUCUUUCCUGACAUUCCCAUAGGGUAUUCUGGGCAUGAGACAGGCAUCGCUAUAUCUGUGGCUGCAGUGGCUCUGGGGGCCAAGGUGUUGGAACGUCACAUAACUUUGGACAAGACCUGGAAGGGGAGUGACCACUUAGCCUCUCUGGAGCCCGGGGAGCUGGCAGAGCUGGUGCGGUCUGUGCGCCUGGUGGAGCGGGCACUGGGCUCUCCAACCAAGCAGCUGCUGCCCUGUGAGAUGGCCUGCAAUGAGAAGCUCGGCAAGUCUGUGGUAGCUAAAGUGAAAAUCCCAGCAGGCACCAUCCUGACCCUGGACAUGCUCACUGUGAAGGUGGGGGAGCCCAAAGGCUAUCCCCCUGAAGACAUCUUCAACCUAGUGGGCAAAAAGGUGCUGGUCACUAUUGAAGAAGAUGACACAGUCAUGGAAGAAUCCGUGGAAAGUCACAGCAAGAAAAUCAAAGCUUAAAAUAAAGUGCCACUGCGGCUUCUCAGCCA